CAUACAGUAUGCAUUUUUUUGCAACCCGAUUUUCCACAAAUCACAACUUCAUGUGUUCUGUUUGUUUUUCAGAAUAUUACAUUUAAAAAAUGUACAGAUUUUUUUGUUAACAUUUUAACAUUGAAUAUCAAUAAAAUUACUGGGUUAUUUUUCCCCAUAAUAUUAUGAUGUUAUUGUCAUAAAAUUACAACUUUUCUCUCCAAAUUUUUUUACUGUUUUGUUGUAGAAUUAUUGCUGACUUUUCAAUGUUUUUUAAAUGUAUUUAUUGUUUUUUAGGUUUCUUGUUAAAUGAUAGCUUUUAGAAUUAUAAAAAAACAAACGUGGGCUGAAAAUGGCCCCCGGGCCGCACUUUGGACACCCCUCUGGUAGCCACUUCUGUUCAGCUGUGUAUCAUCACGAGAACCCUGCAGAUGUUUUUUAAUGCACUGUUGCUCUUUCAAGUGUUUGUGUUAAUAAAAGUCAAAUAAAACAAGAAAUUAGUACAUGAAUACGUCAUUUAAUUUAAUGUAUUCAUUUAUUAAGUAAUAAGUUAAUGAAUUAAAUUGAUUAAUAGUGAAUGAAUGAAAACAACAAACGAAAAUACUUUAAUUGGACAAUAGGAAUGAAAGUAAAGAUGCGAUGUUGGUGGAAGACACUUUUGGAAAAUGAUGACCAAAAGGGUUCGGGUUAGGAUUUGGGUUAGAAUUAGGGCUCGGGGUUAGGAUUUGGGCUCGGGUUCGGAUUUGGGCUCGGGUUAGGAUUUGGGUUAGAAUUAGGACUCAGAGUUAGGAUUUGGGUUCGAAUUAGGGCUCGGGGUUAAGAUUUGGGUUAGAAUUAGGGCUCGGGUUAGGAUUUGGGGUUGAAUUAGGGCUCGGGUUAGGAUUUGGUUUUGAAUUAGGGCUCGGGGUUAGGAUUUGGGUUAGAAUUAGGGCUCGGGGUUAGGAUUUGGGCUCGGGUUCGGAUUUGGGUUAGAAUUAGGGCUCGGGUUAGGAUUUGGGUUAGAAUUAGGGCUCAGGGUUAGGGUUGGCAAACUUUCUAAACGUCCUUUCAUUAUGUUCGUCUUGUAUUUCGUCCCAAAAAGCUUUUUUCCCUCUUGUUUCCUUCCAAUCGGUUUGCACAAACAAGGAAAGUGUGUUGCUGGGAAGAAGAGAAGGCUUGAAGCUGAGAUGAAUAAAAAGGAAGCUUUGUCGCUGCCACUCAGUCUUUGACAGCAAGCACACAAACAGCUUGAGUGGCACUGUUAGCACUUUGUGUGUGUGCGUGUGUGUGGUGUUGUGCUGGCAAGCGGCCAUCACAUGCUCCGCCUCUCUCUUCCUCCCUACCACCUCUCACUCUGUCCAAUUUGACAUAUGGGACACAAAAAGAAGCUAACAGCUAGCUGGUGUUAGCAUGUAAGGUUUAAGGCUCAACAAGGGACAGGAGUGACACAUUCAAGGUCUUCAUGGCAGUACAGUAGACUACCAAGAAGCCUCGUUGGUUUUCAUCUCGACAGUAGGUGCUCGCCACCUAGGAGCAUUCAUAGACGACACCCCGCUGUAUAAAAAAUCCCCUUCAGAAUAAAAGCACAAAGUUAAGAUGGGUGCUUGUGUGUUAAAUUGUGACUUUAUUUUCACGUGAUUGGACACAAUGGUCGACUUGCUGCGUGUGGACAUGAAAAAGUAUUGGGACAUUCUAGGUUAUACAGGAAGUGAAACGUCAAGCUUCCUCUCUUCUGGCAAGACUUCCAACAGGAUUUAUUUAGUCCAUUUGUGAGGUCAGGGUCUGAGUCCAAGAUCGAUAUCUUUGACGCCGGUCAGAAAGAGCGACUGGACGAGCUCCUCAAUCGUACACCGGAACAAGUGGCAGAAGACGAAUAUCUCACUCUGAUGCUGAGAAAUAUUCAGCAUAUCAUACACUGUCUUGACUAUGCCCAUGUCAAACUGGAUGUCUUUAUACAACCUGAUCAUGUGAUGCUUCCACUCGGCCGGAAGACGUCUGAGAUUGUCCGUGUGGGACUUGUCUCCAUUUUCAUUUUGUCCAUUUGUGAGCUCACAGGGUGGUUUGAUUGCGCUUGUGCAGCAUAUCCUGCACUCUCUCGACUAUCCCAGUGUUGUCAAAGCAAAACGACAUCAAAGUAGUGUACAGUCAUCCCUCACGAUACCGCGUUUCCAUUAUCGCUCCUUCGCUAUAUGGCGGUUUUCCAAAAAGUUAUUAAUAAAUGAUCACAAUUUCAUAUUAGUAUAUUUCAUAUUAGUAUAUUUCAUAUUAUUAGUUUUAAAAAAUGCGUAUUUAAACAAAUUGUACUUAUUCUCUGCCUAAAUCAGGCCUUUUCAAGCAUAAAAAUGGCUAAAUGAAUUCCCUAAAUGAACUCAAAAGGCAGAAGAAGCGUUGUAAUUGUGAAUGUAGUAUUCCACAUUGGCCACUAGGUGUCGCUAAUUGUUCGGUGAGAGCGGCACACACAAAGGUUCCCUAGGGAACACAUUUACUGUGACACUGCUCGAGCAGGAGUUUUAUUUGCAUCUUAUGUGGCUUAUUUGCUCUUAUUCUGUCUACUAUAUCGGCUAAUACGAGUUUAAAGCCAUUUAAAGCCCAAAGGAAGUACGCUGUCCGGAAAAGACCAACAAGGAACUGCUAACAUGUGAGUCUGUGAUCUUAUUUAUGUCUAAUAUGUUGUGUUUUCUCUGAUUAUAGCUAUUAUUUUGGGUAAUAGGUAAAGGUAAAAGGUAAAGGUGACUAUAGGGGUGUUAUUUCAUGUCUAGAGUGCUCUAAUAAUGUUAUAUAGUGUAUUUAGAAGGUGGUAAACAGGUUUUUGAUACUUAAUACAUAUGUCAUAUUUUCUCCUAUUAUGUGUACUAUAUUGGUAAUAGGAGUGUAAAGGGACCAUAGGGGGGUGAUUUCAUGUUUAGAGGGCUCUAAUAAUGUUAAAAAACAUGUUUAGAAGGUCAAAAAAAGUUUUUGUAUGUUUUAUAUCUUAUGUCUACUAUAUUGGGUGUAAAGGUGACUAUAGGGGUGUUAUUUCAUAUCUAGAGGGCUCUAAUCAUGUUCAACGGAUAGAUGGGGAUGUCAUACAACUUCAAGUCAAAAAAUCCAACUAUCCAUUUAAAAAGCUUAAUUUAUUAAUAUUGACUCAUCUUUGGUGGAAAUUGACUUAUCGCGGUCGGGUCUGACACCAAUGAACCGCCAUCAACGAUGAUUGGAUGUCUAUCCCAUGCUUGGAUCAUGUGAUGCGACGCGGAGGGCUUCAGUCGAUUUCUUCCACACCAAACUCAUCCCAGCAUGCCUUGAUGGGCCUUGCCGUGUGACGAGGCGACAGAUGGACAAAUGAGAAAACGACGGUGGACGCUGUUAGUGUUGCACUUGAGCGUGUCCACCAAACGUCCACGCAUCCAUACUAAACGUCCACUCUAGCAAGCCUACUUAAGACCGCCAUCACUUUCAUGCAGGGAUUCUCAAAGAUCCGCUGGGCUCCACGUCUUCCUCUCUUCCCUCAUAGAUCAUGGUGUGUGUGUGUGUGUGUGUGUGUGUGUGUGUGUGUGUGUGUGUGUGUGUGUGUGUGUGUGUGUGUGUGUGUGUGUGUGUGUGUGUGUGUGUGUGCGUGCGUGCGUGCGUGCGUGCGUGCGUGCGUGCGUGCGUGCGUGUUGAUACUGUCCAUCAGUGUGUGCAAAAUAAAGAGGCUGACAAAUCCUUUUAUGUCAUGACGUGCACAUCAAGGCGCCAGCGUUUGUUUGUCUGCGACGCAGCGUGGCUUUUACACAUGCUUAUAUCUUCAACACGAGUGUGUGUCCUAGCCCAACUACACUGUGUCAAUGCGUGUGUGCGCAUGUAAGUGUUUGUGUGUGUGUGUGCUCUUGGCCAAGAGUGUGAAAUCACAUUACGUGUGUUAAAACCCUCUUUGGACCCGUGGAGACGACACACAGACACACACACACACACACUUCCACACGUGCUCUUUGUGUACCUGUGCUGAUGUGUAUCAUGUUGUUGUGGUUCUUUUUUAUAUGUUGUGUUUCCAUCAAAUGAAAGUAAUAAUGACAAUGAUAAUUAUGACUAUAUGUAUAUAUUUAUGUAAAUGGUGAUUAUGUUCCUUUCAGGAGUCUUUGUACGUCAAGGACGCCAAAUUCCAGUCAAAAAAUGAAUAAUGAUAAUACAGUAUAUGCUAAUAUUAAAUAAAUAUAAUUAAAAUGUACUCAUUUUCUCAAAUUUAUAUGCAAACACUAUACGAAGAAGUAUAUUUUACUGAUAAGUCAUGAUUAUAUACAGUCGUCCCUCGUUUGUAGCGGUCAAUUAAUCCCUGACCCGACCGCAAUAAAUGAAUUUCCUUGAUAUAGGAUUAAAUGUUGAAAGGAAUAGUUUUGUAGUUACAGCAUAGAAAACCUGUUCAUGACUUUCUAAAUAAGCUUUUUAACAUGAUUAGAGCACUGUAGACAUGAAAUAACACCCCUAUAGUCACCUUUACACUCAUAUUACCCGAUAUAGUAAAUAUAAGAGAAAAUAAGACAUAAUAAGCAUAGAAAAUAUUUACCACCUUCUAAAUAUGCUUUUUAACAUGAUUAGAGCCCUCUAGACAUGAAGGAAAAGGCUUCUUGAGACGUCAUCUGUACUUCUGUGAAGAAGGCGUCGGACGUUUCGCUCCUCAUCCGAAGAGCUUCGUCAGCGAACUAAUAAGUGCUGGUAGCUUAGGCCUUAAAUACAGUAAGAGUGGGCAGAAUUGGUGUGCCAACACCCUCCUCCUAUUGGUUCCUUACACUAAGCCACUAAGAGGAACGGCCUCCCCAAUCUGAACCCGUGCGGUGUGAUUUUGUUGGACUUCUCUGCGAACCACAGUUUGUCCAUCACAAUCACCAUGUUCGAACAUAAGGAUGUCCAGAAGUGCACAUGGCACCAGGACACCCUAGGCCGCAGGUCUAUGAUCGACUUUCUAGUCGUAUCAUCAGACCUGCUGACGGCGACUGAGGAUAUAGUCGGUAUAGACGGUGGAAGGAAUACUUUGACGCCCUUCUCAAUCCCAUUGACAUACCUUUCAUAGAGGAAGCAGAGUCAGAGGACACGCCAUCCAACGCGGACAGUUCCAUCACCGUGGCUGAGGUAUCUGGGGUAGUCAAAACGCUCCCCAGUGGCAAAGCUCUGGGGGUGGAUGAGUUUCACCCUGAAUUCCUCAAGGCUCUGGAUGUUGAGGGACUGUCUUGGCAGACAUGUCUCUUUAACAUUGCGUGGAAGUCGGGAACAGUACCUCUGCAUUGGCAGACUGGGGUGUUGGUCCCCUUUUUCAAGAAGGGUGACCAGAGGGUGUGUUCCAACUCUAGAGAGAUCACACUCCUCAGCCUCCCUGGUGCUGGAGAGAAGGGUACGACCGUUAAUCGAACCUCGGCUACAAGAGGUGCAAUGUGGUUUUCGUCCUGGUCGCGGAACACUGGACCGGCUCUACACCCUUGCAAGGGUACUGGAGAAUACUUGGGAGUUUGCACAACGGGUCUACAUGUGAUUCGUGGACUUGGAAAAGGCAUUCGACCGUGUCCUGUGGGGGGUGCUCCGCGAGUAUGGGAUUGGUGGCGUGCCAUUCAGUCCUUGUACAAUCGGAGCAGGAGCCUGGUUCGCAUUGCCAGCAGUAAGUCAAGCCUGUUUCCGGUGAACGUUGGCCUCUGCCAAGGCUGCCGUUUGUCACCGAUUCUGUUCAUAAUUUUCAUAGACAGAAUUUGUAGGCGCAGCCAAGAAGUCGAGGGAGUCCAGUUUGAUGGCCUUAGGAUCCCGUCCCUAUAUUUUUGCAGACAUUGUGGUCCUGAUGGCCUCAUCAGGCUGUGACCUGCAGCCUUUACUGGGACAGUUUGCAUCUGAGUGUGAAGCUUCUGGGAUGAGACUCAGCACCUCCAAAUCCAAGGCCAUGGUUCUCAGUCGGAAAAGGGUGGAUUGCUCCCUCCGGGUUGGGAAUGAGGUCCUGCCCCAGGUGGAGGACUUCAAGUAUCUCGCGGUCUCGUUCACGAGUGAGGGAAGGUUGGAGCGUGAGGUCGAUAGGCGGAUCGGCGCAGGGUCUGCAGUAAUGUGGUCGCUGUACCGGACCGUCGUGGUGAAGAGAGCUGAACCGGAAGGCAAAGUUCUCAAUUUACCGAUCGAUCUGUGUUCCCACCCUCACCUAUGGUCAUGAGCUUUGGGUCGUGACCAAAAGAACGAGAUCGCAGAUACAAGCGGCUGAAAUGAGUUUCCUCCGUAGGGUAGCGGGACUCACACUAAGAGAGGGUGAGAAGUUCAGUCAUCCGGGAGGAGCUCAGAGUAGAGCCGCUGCUCCUUCACAUCGAGAGGAGCCAGUUGAGGUGGCUCGGGCAUCUAGUCCGGAUGCCUCCCGGACGCCUCCCUGGUGAGGUGUUGUGGGCAUUCCGCUGGAGGAAUUAUGUCUCUGGCCUGGGAACGCCUUGGUGUCCUCCCGGUGGAGCUGGAGGAGGUGGCCAGGGAUCGGGAACUCUGGGGCUUCCCAACUGAGACUGCUGCCCCCGCGACCCGGACCCGGAUAAGUGGAGGAAAAUAGAAUGGAAUGGAAUAGAACAUUAUUAGAGCCCUCUAGACAUGAAAUAAGACCCCUAUAGUCACCUUUACACUCCUAUUACCCAAAAUAAUAGAUAUAAUCAGAGAAAAUACAAAAUACACAUUGAAAAUAUGUUUACCACCUUCUAAAUAUGCUUUUUAACAUGAUUAAAGCCCUCUAGACAACAAAUAACACCCUUCUAGUCACCUUUACACACAUAUUACCCAAUAUAGUUGACAUAAUAGGAUAAAAUAAGACAUUAAGCAUAGAAAAUCUGUCUACCACCUUCUAAAUAUCCUUUUAAACAUUAUUCUUUAAUAAUGUUAAAAAAGACAUGAAAAAGCACCCCAUAGUCAUAUUUACACUCCUGUUACCCAAUAUAGUAGACAUAAUACGAGAAAAUGUCAUAUAAAACAUAGAAAACCUGUUAACCACCUACUAAAUAUGCUUUUCAAAAUUAUUAGAGCUCUUUGGACAUGAAAUAAGACCCCUAUAGUCACCUUUACACUCCUAUUACCCAAUAUAGUAGACAUAAUAAGAGAAAACACAUUAAGAAUAUAAAAUCUGUUUACCAUUCUAAAUACACUUUAUAACAUUAUGAGCCCAUUAUGAACCCCUUUGUGUUUUUCUGGAAUAGCUGAAUUGGAUUGUGUUUAAACCCUACUGACCAAGGUGAUGCAAGACCCUUGCUCCCUCGUGUAUGAAGCAGGCACACCUCCCUACCUGACUACCCCAUGUAAAGGGUUGAAUCUACCCCAUUGAGUGAGAGACCUCUAAGUCAAGAGCGAGGGGAACUCGCCCAGGUAUUCACGGCCUGUUCGUGCAGAGACGGCCCUGCUGCUUCCGGACCGCUUUAUGUUCUACGUGACACCGGACCCUCUAAAUGGUUUGCUGCAAUCGACAAGGACCUGGGCUCAUUUACCUAUUCGCGAUCAGACAGAGGGACGUUAUUUCUUUGGGAAAGAACUGAUUCGGUUAACGUCUGUUUCGGUUCGAGGCGGACCUUCUGGAAGGAAUCGAUGACGCUAACCAAGGUUUCACUGUAUGUACAUACUGUAUAUAAAACAUACGGGUAAAGGUAAUGAUUCUUUAUAUUUAGAGAAAGAGUCUAUACUGCGUGUAGUGAAUGUGUGUUGUGUAUUUUCAUAGCGUGAAGAUGACUUCCUCUUCCUUGAAAUGCAAAUGUUGAUUAAAAAAAAAGUAACUGGGCCUUAAGGUCAGGCAUCAAGUAUAUUUAUUCUUUUCCCCGCAGCACCGAGUCUGCACAUGAAAGUGGUCAAGUCUUUUCAUUUGCACAAAUGUCUUUUCUUAAAGCGUGCUGACGCAGCCUCGGGCCUGCUGAUGAAAAGCUCAUGCCGCCAUCAUAACUUUUACUUUUACCUAAAUGAAACACGCAUGAUGAUGAUGAUGAUGAUGAUGAUGCUUUCAGCUUCAACUUAAAAGCUGACAUGACAUAACAUGUGUAGGACACAUGUAGUGUAUGUUCCCUUUGCUAGUGCAUAACAGCACCUUAGCUUCUUCCAAGACUCCAAGUUGGUCCAUGUAGCUUACAAAAACACCUACAACACGUCAGCAAUGUUCACAAAAACACCUUCAAGACUCAAAACUAUCCUUAUCGUUUAUGAAAACGCCGACAUUACACGUAUGCUAAUUUCUUCCAAUGCACGCAUUUGUCUUUGAUGUUUGCAAAAUUACCUACCGCUUCCUCAAGACUCCAAACUACCUUUGAUGUUUACCAAAACCUGUCACCUUUUGCAUUCUUAGGGGAAAAGAAGAGAAAUUCUGGUGCAAUUUCAAGUUAGCUUUCAUGAAAGUUAAAUGUUGAAACAAGAGGGCGCCGGAAAAGAAGGGCAAAAUACUGUAGUCUCGCGGUGAAAACAGGAGGACUGUGGGUAUGCGUCAGCUUCAUCGAAGAAGAGUGUAAAUUGUCUUUGAUGUUUACAAAACGCGUCAGCGUCUUUAAAGACUCUACACGGUUUUCAAUAAGUAUCAUUUGUUACCAUUUCCAAAACCAUGUGCGUUACUUAUGUUGAAGACUCUAAAUUGUGUUUCCAAAAAAAUCGUACAUUCGGCUUAUUCAGGUCUAAAUUGUCUUCAAUCGUCUUUUCUGUUUACAAAAACAAGUUUGUAGCGUCGUCUUUGAUGUUGGCAAAACCACGGACCAUUCAUUCCUUCAUCACUCUACAACAUGGUUCUUUGAAGAGCAGUUAUCAAGCUUUCCAAUCAGAACCCCUCCUUUGUCCAAGAAGAAAAAAUGUGUAGAUUACGUUCUUUGAAAACAAUAAAUUGUCUUCUUCGUUCCGAGAAAUGUUAGGUUCUUCAAGGACUCCCGCUUGUCUCUGAGGGUUUCAUUUUGGCCAGUACUCAAAACCAUCUUCACUGUUUAUAAAAAAUGAACAACUUCGGUUUCAGGGUUCAAAAAUAGCUUUAUGUUCUUUGACAAGCAUAAAUUGUUCCAAUGUUUCCCAGUCUUCUUUCUCUUAUCCGAUAUUAUCGGACAUCACUAAUUAUAUUAUAAUUAUAUAACUUUUUCCCCAACUUAAUUUUCCAAAAAUUACAACUCUAUUUCGUUAUGUUUGUCGUCUCCUAAUAUUACCAUAAAAAAACAUCUUUCUUUAAUAUUUAAACUUUAUGCUACAUAAUAUUCCGUUAUUUCAGUAAAAUUGUUCCUUUAGAUUACAUUUUUUCCUCUUAAUAUUUUGACUUUAUUCUUAUAAAAUUAUUGAAGAUUUUUUUUCUUUUUUUGCUGUUUUUUUGCUUGUCUUAGUUUUCCUGUUAAAUGCUCUUUUAGGCCUAUUAAAAACAGCUGUGGGCCAUGAAUGGCCCCCAGGCCGCCCUUUGGGCCCCUGCUCUGUGUGUCAGUUGUGUGAUUGGCAGGUGUAGGGUGUGUCCCAGAUCACAGGAAGUGGAGGUGUUGGUGUGUCGGUUCCCCACAGCGUGAAUGUCGCCCCAUUCACAGUCGUCACAUGCGUCCCCCACCUCCGCUUCCCGUCCCCUCUUUGUUCCCUUUCUCCUCCGAAUACUAAAAGAGCUUACGUAACGGCGGUUGGCUCGGCCGCCGCAGAGGAUCAUCCGUCGCAUCUUGCAGCCCCCCCCCCAACUCGUUGGUGGAGUAAUUUACAUGAGCAGCGGAUGGACGCUCGCAUGUUGAGGUGUGACGAGGACGUAAUCGAGUUUGUUUAGAUCCUUCCUGCCUCUCGGCAGCCAGCCAGCAGGCACUUGAAGACUUGUGUAAUAGAAAUGUCUGUCACGCUCUGUCUUGCCGUGUCUCUUAUAGAAAUGUCCAUCAUAGCCAAGCCCCCCCAACCCCUCUAGUUCCUAAUCCCAGAGGCAUCAGAAGGAGGAGACGUUGUCGGCCAUCAAGGAUGUGUGGCGUUAUUUCACUGGAAGUCAAUCACUGUGUUGACAGGGACGAAUGGGGGUGGGGGGUGGAAGGGUCAUGAGAGUCACAACAAACCACAUUGCCAAAGAUGUCUUGAAACUGUAGCCAAUCAGAGCGUCCGCAGGCUUUACGAGGUGUCGUCACGCCCGUCCUCCUCUUCGCUUCCUGCUCCGUCCCGCGUGUCGUUUACGCCCGGUGAUGCGCGUACGCUCGUGCACGUUGAUGUCUGACAUCCCACGGCGCCACAAAGGUUUUCAGGCGAAGCCACGUGAUUAAUUUGUCCGUCUGAACGUGGACGGUAGGGUGUCAGCUUCAAUGUUCUUCUUCUACUCCUCUCGCGAUGCACACAACAGGGUGGACGUCUGUCCAAACACGCACCCCUGCUCUGUUGCCUGUGCUAUUAUUUUCCUGACAAGUACACCACGUGGUGGCGCGCUUAUUAAAACCCGGAUUGACUCAAUGCACGGACCACAACCCAUAAGGGGCGCCACAAAUGGCAUUUACACUCCACCUCCAUGUUGGUUCUGUCCAGUUGCCACAUUUUGUUCACAAAUGCUUUGUUGAUGUGCUUUUUUGUGUUAAAGAGACAGGACACCCAUUUUUACAUUGGGGAAACCAAGCAGCCACUGAGCAGGCACAUGGCACGACUAACUCUUCAUGUCAAGACUCUGCGGUCUACCUGUGCCUCAAAAAGAAAGAGCACUCUUUUGAGGACAAAAAUGUCCACAUGCUGGACAGAGGAGGAAGACGGUUUGAAGGAGGAGUGAGUGAAGUCAGCUUUGAACAGGGGUGGGGUCUACCUUUCUCCCACAUACAAUGCUGUCCUUUCAUCCUUUCCUAAAAGACUAAAGACUAAAGACUCAGGUGGGUCCAUGACCAUCAUUACAUCUAAAUUGGAUGCUAACCAAGGUGAUACCACCCAAACCACCAUUGUUGGCGGGCAGACGCCCCACUCUCAGACUAGAGCUGUCCUAUCUAGUCUGACUGGUGAGUGUCCCGCCUAGUCUUUGAGGAUGAACUGAUGAAGCCUGACGGAAUGAGAGGCCAAACAUCUUGUAAAACAACCUGAACAGUCCAGUUGUGAGUGACUGAAUAAGAAUAUUCACAGGCGCCUUUAAGAGUGCAUUCCAUGCCAGUAGGUGGUGCUAUGACUAAGCCAUUGUUUUUAAUGUGUGGUUCGCACAGAAACAUCACAGGGCCACCGUGGAUUAAUUGAGAUUAACCACGGUUAAUCCACUUGCCAUCAAUAGGGCCAUUAUGUUAGUUGUUGAUUCAGACGUCACGGUGCGCAUCAAUCAUGCAAAUGAAUGAACGAAUGCAUGCAUGACCAUUUUGGGGUUUUUGUUGUCCUUUCAAAUUUGCUGUCUUUCUGAAAGCAGUCUAAUUUAAAAAAAAAAAAAAAAAAAGAUUGAACUCUAACUCUAACACUAAUCCCAACCCUUAACCCUUAACCCUUAACCCUUAACCCUAACCACUGAUCCUGCAUACACACGGGCCAGUGGCGACACAACCAAUCAGGAUUUAUCUCGUUCCAUGUGUACCAUGUCAAACUGGACCAGACGUUUGACAAAGACGUAGCUAUACAGUGUCGUUUCCAUGGAAACAGCCCCUUAAUCUCCUUGGCGGAGGUAACGAGAUUACAGCCGUCGAGGCUGAAAGGCAGCGGGGGCGAGCGUGCCGCAGAUGAACCUUUAAGAUAAGGCCGGCGUGGAGCGGAGGAUGGAAGGACAGAAAAGAAGGGGAAAAAUGGAGCCUGACAACUCCCGCGGCUUCAUCUCGCGCUCCUCCAGCGACGCCUUUCAACGCCACCGCCGAAUCCACUUUGUGAAUCUCUCCGCCAGCCUUUAAGCAGACAACUUUACACCGACGAGCGCGGCGCCUCAUAAAGAGCGACUGUCAUGGCUGCCGGCAACAAAGAGAAUACGAAGCGCGGGCGUCCGCAUUUGUGACACAAAUACCUCAAUUAUUUGGCAAGCCGGCCCAAAAUAGACGCGCAUCAUCAGCGGGCUCCGAGACAACAUGCAUGCAAAUACGUAUUCCCCCUUUCUUCUUACGUGAUCUUGUGGAGAGCUGAGAAGCUUCAGGCCUCACUCAGGAACGUUUCACUUUCUGGCAUCUGAUGGCUGCACUUGCUUUGCUUUUUGCUUUUUGCUUUUUGCUUUUUGCUUUGGACGUCACUGCAGCCCGAAGUCCUCAAGAUGCUCUCAGACGUUUCAUAUACUUCUUCUUGCUCAUACGGUCGCUUCUCACGCGAGGAGAACGGGGUCGCAGGGUUCGACAAGUCGUAGUGAAGACCUUUUAAGAGCUUAUUCGAGACAACGUAGACUCAUUCCACAUCCAAGCCAUGAAGCAUGAAGGAAAAUCUGCACAGGUCCUUUUAGUUCCGCUUUGGGUUAGUCAUGUUGUGCGAUACCAGUGAUUUCGUUUCCGAUCCGAUACUGAGCAAAAUUCAGGCUGGUAUUGGCGAUACCAACCUGAUACUGAUACUUCAAAGGUGCAAAUUCACCUAAUGUGUCUGGUAAAUUGGUAGAAGUUGUGCAUUUCAUAUCAUAGCACAGACAUUCAUUCAUUCAUUCAUUUGAAUGAAUUCAUAAUGCUAAUGUUAUGAAUUAUUCAUUUGAAUUUGAAUUCAUAAUGUGGCAGUGACCUAGGCAGUAAGGUCCCGACCUGGGUCCCAGAAACUGCCCCGCCCACUGGGUUGUCGCUCAGCCUCCCCCCUUCCCCCCACGCCCACCCUUGGGUAAGGGCAGGAAGGAAGAGGGUGUGUUUAAAAGUUCUUUAGGGUCUUUGGUGUGUACCCUGCUUCAUUGUUUCCUCAGAGAGCUCACCGCCAACACCUGGCAUCCCAGGUGUGUGCUUCACUCUUGCUUUGAGCCCGGCAGGGGUCCUUGCGCUUGAUCCAAAGCCACUGGCUGCUUCUUUCGGCCGCUUCAGAGACCGAUGGUAGAGGAAGCCACAAAACCUCUGCAUCCUACUUCAGCUGGAUAGCCCUUGGCCUUCCCUCCUCGUUGUUGUGCAUCUGCUGCCAGAUCUGUGUAGCGCAGCUUCUUUUGUUCGUAGGCCUCUUGGGAGGAAUCCUCCCAUGGGACCGUGAGCUCUAUGAGUGAAGGGGACAUAGCACCAAGUCUGGCCUGAGGGUGGUGGUUGCAAUCUCUGGGGGAAAGAUUAGUUGCUUGCCAAUAUCAAGUAGCAUCGUCCAACCCCGGGCCACGGCUAGCUGGCUAGUUUCUGGUUUGGUAGGGGGGUGUUUGGGCAAUGAACAAUAAAAAUAAAAUAAGUAAUAUAAUAAAAGCAUUCCAAUGAAAUGAGGGAAAGGCUUCUUGAGACGUCAUCUGUACUUCUGUGAAGAAGGUGUCGGACGUUUCGUCCUCAUCCGAAGAUCUUCAUCAGCUGGUGCUGGUAGCCUCGGCCUUAAAUACAGUAAGAGUGGGCGGAAUUGGUGUGCCAACACCGUCCUCCUAUUGGUUCCUUACACUAAGACGAAAUGAAUGAAUAACUCUCAAGAGCUACUUUAUUCACAAGUCACACACGGCUCCGUUUCAACAGACCAACGUUUCAGACUUCAAAUGACUAUCGAAAGUAUUGAUAUUUUCAUUUGAGAAUCGAUUUUAGAGCAUGAAGAGCUGGUAUCAUAAUUAGCUAUUAACUAUCACUAUGGGUUAGGGUUAGGGUACCCAAAAAUGUAAACAUUAAAGAGUGGGAUCGUAUUGAAGACAUUUUAUGAGAUUAGAAGUGAAUUUAAGGCCUAAAUUCAAAGAAUUGGAUUUUAGACACGUUGUGUCUAGCCUAGCUUGUCACAGCAUCCAAUACAAGCACUUAGGAGUUAGGAGUUAGGAGUUAGGGGGUUAGGGGGUUAGGGUUAAAGCGUUAGUGCAAGUGGAGUUUGUCUUUGCGACUGAGGCUCUUAUCUAAGAUAAUAAUGCUCACCUGUGAUGGACACUGACUUCACACAGGUGAACAUUGACGUUUGAACAAAAUGUAAACGCCCAAUUUGUUUGAAUUUUCAAAUUAUUUAUGCAAAAACAAAGUUGGAAAUGGGAAAUAAUUCCAUACUGCGGACGUCAUCACAUCAUCGGACAUCCCUAGUUCCUGGCCUUUUCCAAACAGUUUUGAUCGCCUCUGUUGUUAGCGCUCUGUUAGCAGCUGGACCUUUUGUUUGCAAGACAAACGUGUUUGAUGAAACUUUGUAAAGACUGAACUUGCCUUGGUUGCUUUUAGAUCACAAACAAAGAUUCUACGAUACAAAAAGUGUGCAGACAUUUUUUCUUAAUUUAAAGAAAGUGCUAGCAAGGAUUUGUUUAGAUGUAAUGAUGUUGCGUACGCGGCGCUGGAACGUAAACUCCAAAGCCAUCAAUGGUUACUUUCCAACAAGACGUCAACAGUGUUACACGGUUCCCGUUAAGAUUCCAUCACACUGAGACUAAACCAUCAAACAAGGGCAGAAAAACACAAAUUCAAUUGUCUUUAUAUUUCAAGGAAAGUGAGCCAUGUUGGAAUUAGCGUUGCCUGGAAAUAUUACUGAGAUUAAAAUCCCUGCACACUCCUGGAUUUUUGGUGGAAAAAAUAGGCCACAGAAAACACAUCAUUCAUCGUAAGUGCGUAAUCAUUUAUAAAUACUUUGCACUUUGAAUUUCAUAACUUCACUCUAUCACAUUCAUUCAAAAUGAUUGUGCCAGCCUGCAAACACUAAAGCUAAUCCCGCACAAUGCCAAGCUAACAACAAGCACAGACACACACUGCUACACAACCUGGAACUUGAAAUGCCACAGAGGGUGAGUCCACGUGUACUCGCAUCCAAAGCAGUGACUGCUGAUGAUGUACAGUGUGGAGGUUGGCUUGGACGCUAUGAAUCUUGCACGAAGACGUGAUACUGAGCGCUGAGGAAAUGUAACAGGCAUGUAUCACAAGGAACAUGAAGGACCAGAAGGAACAUGAGUGCAGAUGAUGAAUGAUGCAACAUGGGCGCACACGCACACACACACACACACAUAGUGAUGUGAUACUAUGAUGUUAGCUGGUACAAAUGUGUUUACGAUGAAAGGAUACGAAGGGCCAUGCAAGUCACUCCAAGAAGGAAGUCAAGCGGAAAGCAGACAUCCGUCGCUUCCAGCAUCUUCUCUUCACCCCAGUUUAACCCUUGCUGCAAACUACAACAAUGCACAAGUCAGCAUUAUUCUGCCAGCCAGGACAGACUGUUUGCAUUGGAUGUCAUCGUUGUGGCCUUGAGUAAAGACUUUGGCUUCAUGUCGAGCACCCAUUGGAACCAAUUCUGGUACUUUACUUGCCUUUUAUGGAGCCGGGGCUUUGAGGGGAUCUGGUUUGGUGGCUGCAGGAUUGGGUCUCUGCCUUUUGCAAAUGAUGUGGUGGAUGAGAAUCAGCGCCUCCGAGUCCGAGUCCAUGGUUCUCACCUGGAAAAGGGUGGCAUGCCAUCAUUAGGGAUGAGGUCCUGCCCCAAGUGGAGGAGUUAAGUACCACAUGAGUGAGGGAAGGGAACACGAGAUGGACAGGCGGAUUGGUGCGGCGUCUGCAGUGAUGCAGACUCUGCUGCAUCGGUCCGUUGUGGUGAAGAGGGAGAUGAGCCAAAAGGCAAAGCUCUCAAUCUACGUUCCUACCCUCACCUAUGGUCAUGAGCUUUGGGUAGUGCCCGAAAGGACACUACCCAAACACACUACCCAAACAUUUCGGCCACAAGUGGCCGAAAUGUUUUUUUUCUGUAGGGUGGCUCGUGCGGGAAAAACUGGGAAUAGAACCACGGAUCCUCCACAUUGAGGGGAGCCAGGUGAGGCGGCCUGGGCAUCUGGUCAGGAUGCCUCCCGGGCGGUUCAGGGCACAUCGGACCGGGAUCCAGUCUGCUCUGAAAACUCACAGCACUGAGCAAUGAGGAAAAGGGACAGGAAGUGCUCGUCCAAUCAGAGAGGCAGACGCCCACGAAGGACAUGAGGGUCGACCACUCGGGACCGAUUUAAAAACCUAAAGGAGCCUUGGUGGAUUCCUGACACAAGCUUGUGAUAUUCUAGAAGAAACGUCUCUUCUAAAUGUGUUCAUCCAUAAGUAAAUGUCCCAUGGCGACAACCUCUCGGCGACUUUCUCCGAUGGAUACCCUGGCGCCGUCCCCUCAGACCCAGAAGGCAGCACCGGGAGGGCUGAGACGAAGCGGGACUUCUAGGUUGACAUUCCUCGGCUGGCUGGCACUGCUCUCCGUCUUGGGCUUACCGACGGUUGCGGCCGAUUGUUGGCUCAUCGAGGGGGAGAAAGGCUUCGUGUGGUUGGCCAUCUGCAGCAUGAACCAGCCGCCCUACGAGGCCAUACCCUCGCACAUCAACAGCACCAUUGUGGACUUGAGGCUGAAUGAGAACAAGAUCCGCUCGGUCCACUAUUCCUCUCUCAGUCGCUUUGGCAACCUCACCUACCUGAACCUCACCAAGAACGACAUCAGCUAUGUGGAGGACGGAGCUUUCUCUGCACAGUUCAACCUGCAGGUUCUCCAGAUGGGCUUCAACAAACUGAGGAACCUGACAGAGGGGAUGCUGCGAGGGCUGGGGAAGCUUCAGUACCUCUACCUGCAAGCCAACCUCAUCGAGACGGUCACGCCCAACACCUUCUGGGAGUGCCCCAACAUUGAGAACAUUGAUCUCUCCAUGAACAGGAUUCAGGUGCUGGAUGGCAGUUUGUUCUCUGGACUUUCCAAGCUGACCACUUGCGAACUUUACACCAAUCCCUUCAAUUGCUCCUGCGAGCUGCUGGGCUUCCUGCGCUGGCUUGGCGCCUUCCCCAACAGGACCAGCGAGAGGAUGGUGUGCGACUCCCCUCAAGGAUUCUCAGGUUACAACCUCUUGAGCCAAAAUCCCCGCAUGCCCACGCAACGCAACGCCCUGCACGUGCUCAGUUUAGUCUGCACAGAGGUCGGCGGUAACGCUACAUCUUUUUACAUCAACGGCUUGUUAGACGUCACCACCCUGUCCCCAGAUUUCUCCCCAUGUGGACUGGACGACUGCGCUUCGGGCACGCCUCCCGACGAGGUGAUCUAUCACACCAUUUUCACGGAAACCAACCCCAUCAUGACUCUGAAGCAGGUGCUGCACUCGAGCGCUGUGAUCACGGUGGAGAUCCCUCAUCCCUACAGAAAAAUGUACAUCCUGAUGCUUUACAACAACAGCUUCUUCACUGAUAUCCAGAAGUUGAAGAAUCAAAGAGAAGAUAUCGAGCUGAAGAACUUAAAACCCAACACGGACUACACAUACUGUGUGGCCUCCAUACGCAACUCUUUGCGCUUCAACCACACCUGUCUGACCAUUUCCACUGGCCGUAGGGGAGGACCAGAAAGGGUAGCCAAUCAGUCGUCAGCAACCCACUACAUUAUGACUAUUCUAGGAUGCUUAUUCGGAAUGCUGCUCUUCCUCGGACUUGUUGUCCACUGCCUGAGAAGGAGGAGGAUCAUGGAGGAGAAGGAGCGCAAGAUGAGCAGGAUACAGAGAACUCUGAUAGAGCUCAAGUACGGUGGUGAAGGGGAUAUCGAAGGAGGGAGUGGCGGUCCUGUUUCUCAGAAGCUUGCCAGCGGGGACAGUCUGUCCAGGAUGCCCUACCUACCUCAGGGUGCCGAGAUAGAUCCAUACCAGCUGCAGGAGGUGGUGGAAACGCCCCCACACAAGCCUGCUAAGCUUAACUACAUGGAGGUCAGAGGGUCCGGCGUGGAGCGAGAUAUGUCGCCGCAAGCCAACCCCCAGGGAUCUGUUGCAGAGAUCUCCACAAUCGCUAAAGAAGUGGAUAAAGUGAACCAGAUCAUCAACAACUGCAUAGAUGCUCUCAAGUCUGAAUCUACCUCUUUCCAACAGGGGAUCAAAUCCCCAUCUUCAGCAGGUGGAGGUGCUGUGUCCACAGCAGAGCCACAGUUGGUGCUCCUCUCUGAGCAAGGAGAGCGAGGAGACAGAGGAGGUGAGUUCCUCUCCCCGGUCUAUAAGGGAGGGAGAGGAGGGCGAGGCUACCAUCACUCACUGCAACGACACCACAGCAUGGAGGCUCCCCCGACCUCCAAGCGGCCCAGCACAUCCUCGUCUCCUGGUUCUGCCCGGAGCCCACGCUCAUUCCACUCUGAAGGAGCCUAUCACGCCUCAGAGACUCGCUACAUCGAGAGGACCUCGCCUGGAGAGAGAGGAGACAGGGGAGGUGAGGAGACCAUCCGCACUGUCAAUCCGGCAGCCGCUAUCCUGCGAGCCGAAGCCCAGAGAAUCCGUCAGUACCACGAGCACCGCCACUCCUACCCCGGCUCCCAGCAACACCUCCAGGAGCUGCAGCACCACCCCCAGAUCAUGCAGGAGCUUCACUACCACCCUGGCGGUCGCAAGCCCUCCGUGUUAGACCCGCUCACACUCAGCCGGCAGGCCAAGCAGCGAGAGUUGGCCUACUCGCAGCUGGCGCCGCACUACCCUCUGUCACCGCAGUACCACAACCUCAGCUACUGCUCCAGCCCCGAGGAGGACGAGGAGGAAGAAGAGGAAGGGCUACUCUGCACCCCGACUCUCGGACUGUGGGAGCGCUUCAAACUGCACCGCAAAAGGCACCGGCAGGCGUCUAUGGAGGACGAGGGCUACGUGGCGGCCGGGCAUGCGCUGCGGAGGAAGGUUCAGUUCGCCAAGGAUGAGGAUCUCCACGACAUUUUGGACUACUGGAAAGGGGUGUCGGCCCAGCAAAAGGCCUGAGGGAAACCUACACUGUGGACACAGACAUGUAAAUAUACACAAACUCAGAAACCAGGGUGUGAAGGAAUCGACACACAUCUUUCAAAGCCUUCUCAAAAACAUGUCAUGGAGGACCAAAGUGGAGUUAUAUACAACCACAAAAUUCAUAACUUAUACAGAUUUCUUUUCUAAUGUAAUGGAACUCACAGCUCAAACAUAUGUAGCUCUUUGUAUGUUUUCAGUGAGGGGAGAACAAGUUAGCGGGCGACACGUCCUGAAAUUUGACUUAGCUUAGACAGGAAGGGACUGACGACUUUUUGUUUUUACACUCAGCAAAAGACAUGAUUCAAAAACAUUCUCAGGAUGGGUCGCCCGGCAACGCUAAUGCCCUUUUUCCACCGCACUACUCGGCUCGACUCGUUAGUAAUGAGUUUUCACUGGCAAAUCCUCUGAGGUACUAUUUGUAGUAGCGCUGGUAGAUUGUUGAUGGAGGAUAUUCAGCGUCAUCGUGGAAUUGAUGCCAGCCAGCGUGGCUGCAAGAGUGUACGUUGGUAAACCUCAUUCUCUGAACCUUGAGAGGUGUGCUGGGUGUCGAGUUGCCAGUCCAGCCUUUUAGCUCGAUGCCUAGCGCUCUCGACUUUCAUUCUGAAAGGUCCUUGGUUUGAGUCAACAGCAGUGUGCAGGGCUGGCUGAACCAGGCGGUUACAACCGCAUACGUGAGAAAACAUACUUAUAGUGUUGCCACGUCUGCAACUUGCAACACAAGAGCCGUUCUACUCCAUUGUUAGCGCGUCUUGACCAUCAGAGAAGUUUCCCAUGACUACGGAGCCAGCGCUACUUAGAGUGGAAAAGCGAAACCCCCAAAGCGGGCCGAGCCAAGCUGAACCGUGUUGGUACCAUGCAGUGGAAAAGGGGUCAUAAGAAGGCGCUUGGAGAACUCACAGAAAAGUGAGUUCGGUGUAACGUGCCAAAAGCCAACAAGGGAUAGCGGAGUCCUUUUCUAGCAUCUCCUUGCUUUUAUAUAGAGAAUUUGAAGAAAAAGAUAUUCCAAUAUGUUGCUAUUAUUCUUAUUCUUACUACUAUGAAUUCUUCUUCUUACUGUUCCUACAAUCCUCAUCGUUACUCCUCUAUUAUUUCAAUGUGGCAUGGCUCCGUGGUGGCGUGACUGUGCCCUGACUGGUCGGAACCUCUCAGCCGAGGAAGACACAACAACAACAAGAGACGUUUGAGCGCAUCUUUCUACCAGGAGGUAGCUCCUCGGCUAACAAAAGGACACGCUGUCCAGAUGUGAGCUAAAAAAGUUCUAUAUUUGCAGCAGAGGUUUGUACCAUGUGCUUUUUGAAAACUGUUAGUUAGUUAGCCACCUGCUCAGUUACAAUGGUUUUUUUUUUAUUAUUUUGACGUUGAACUUAAAAAAACAACAACAAAUCUUCAAGUGAAUGUCUUUAAUUCCCACAAGGGGAAACCUAUCUGCACUGUUUAAAAAAAAAAAAAAGCAAAGGAAAAAAGAGCUAGAACUCUUGUCGACUUCCUUCCUGAAACACCGUAGCUCCACUGUGUCUCAUCUCCCAGCGUGUCCCAGUUUGGAACUGGGUUAUUUGCUUUUUCUUUGUUUUUGGUUUUUAAUCUCUGGUUCCACUGUGGUGCCGUCGUGCCAACUUGACAAAUCAGAAAAGCGAGUGUUUUGGAAAACAAUUUUUUUUGCACGAUCUAUAUACAGACCUCCUCACGUGUAUAUACAGUUUAAACAGUAUGUAUACAGUAUACCUAUGAAACAUCCAACCACAAUUUGCACAAGAUCGCUUCACCUUUCAAUCGUCCAAUCAUUCUGAAGACCAAAGUACUGUGGAAAUCAAUUGACCCUUGUAGACCACCCCUCCCCUGCCCCCCGAACCCUGAACAACACAAAUACAUACGCUCAAGUGUACUCAUGCGGAGUCAGCCGCUAACACAGAUGAUGAAUGUAUUCUUUGCCAACAGUUAAACUGAUUGGAUUGUUUCUCGUGUCAAAUAUAGAUGAUCUGUCUAUAGACCACAAGGGCCGCAUCACAAGUCCACGGAAGUCGUGCAUUUACGGUCACCUGUUGAAUAAGUUGCUAACUUUCUACACUUGUGGGUUUUUUUUUAGUUGAAAUCGGUGUUGUCAGAAUGUGAAAGGCGGGAAAGGACAAACAAAUGUUUGGCAACAGCAGAGGUUAAAUAUUUCAAUCUGUGCCAAAACCAUCCAGUGGAGUGCAAAUCAAGCUAAGGCAAAUGUUGACGUUGACAAGUUGUGACAAGAUUUUAAUAAGAUUUUGUACAAAAAAGUGCAAAAUCGGUAGCGUAGAACCUCCAAAAUUGACACUUGAGCUAACCCCAGCCACAACCCCAAACCCAGUCCUAUAACUCCAACCGCAACCCCAGCCCCAACCUUAAACCCAAGCCCAAUGCCGAACCUAUCCCAACCCCAGCCCCAACCUUUAAACUCAAGCAAAACUCUGAGCCCAUCCCAACCCUAAGCCCAGGCCCAAACCGUUCAACUUUAGAGGUUCCACUGCAGCCUGUAGAAAACUUAUAACUAAUUAUAUAUGUUAUUUUUUCUACUUUCAAAAAUAUAUUUUUGAAAUGAAACAAGUUCAUUUUGACCAGAAUCUAGUGCUUAACAUUUGACUAAAUUCUGUGGAGAACAGACUGGCCAAUGUUGAUUGUUGUGUGAUGAAACGGUACAAAGACAUCUUUUUGAGCGCAGGUAACGCCACAGUCGAGGGCGACGACAUCACAGCGUUUUGUUUUUUUUAUGUAGCUGGACGUCUUUCACGAGCCGAUCCGAAAGCAGAGCAAUGAGCCGGCCCAGAUCGUGGCUUCAGCUCCACAGCAGCCUUAAAAUAUUCCACUUUUUCUGGUGUUCUUUUCUGGGUCUGUCAUCUUUUCAACGUGUGCUUUCUUCUUGUUGACUGACGGGAAAGACGCUGUUAUCCAUGCGGCCGUGUGCGACUGCUUGUGUUGGACUUGUCCCGCGUUCACAGGUCAUCGCUUGUCAGAGCGGCAGAUUCCAAGUUGUCGAUGAGGAUGCUGAUGGGAGUGCUGCUGCUAAUCUGGACUUUUAAAACGCGGAAAGGGAGAGACGGACACAAACGAUAGCGGAGACAUCUCAGCGGAAGACAGGACAGGACAGGACAGAUGCUUUCUUUCUUUUUUCUUGUCAAACCAUCAAAAAGCACAAUAAAGUACCCUUUCUUUCAUCGUCUCCUUUCUUGGACAAAUCAUUCAUGGAUUCUUUCCAUGUUGUGACUGCAUGCAGAUCUCGCUGGAUGCAAUCAUUUGUUCACCCAAGCCAGAUUUACUAGAAACAAAAAGACAUGCCGAGUCAUCGUUUCCAUAGUAAUGAGUAGGGGUGGCUACCGAAAACAGUACUUUUAUAGGCAUCAACUAGGGAUGCAGCGAUAGAUUGGCCACCGAUCAGUAUGGGCCGAUUUCCAAAAAAAAAAAAUCACGUGAUCACGUGUAUGUUGACUUUUGGAGGCUCACGGUAGCUAACGCAGUGCGACAGUUAGAUGGCUAAGCUAAGUUGUUUUUUUCAUAUCAUUGGCCAGUAGCAGGGGCGCAACCAUGAAUACUGGGUCCCAUGAAAAAAGUAAUGUUGCCCCCCCCAUUAUUUAAUUACUAAUUUUUAUUAAAAAUGACCUAUUUUUGGGCCCCCU